GUCGAGCCGAAAGUCAAGUAGUCGACAGACUAAUAUCUCGACCACAACUCACCCACUCGCAUCCCGCACCACCCAAAAUGUCGCUGUCAGCAAGCCUCAGGCAGCAGGCCCGCCCCCUCGCGCGUGCGCUCAGCACGUCGGCGACCGCACGUUCCGGCAACAAGCCCAAGCCGAUCGACGACAGCACGAGCGCGCUCAACUACAAGAUGCACCGCCCGUCAGCGCGCCUGCCCCACCUCGCGACCGCUGUCCCCCGUGCUCCUAGCGCCGAGGACGCCGUGACCAACAUCCUGUACAACACGCCUGCCCCCAGCACCGAGCCCUUCAAGCGCCAUCUCCUCAACUGUCUCGUCCAGAACGAGCCCGGUGUCCUGUCCCGCGUGUCGGGUAUCCUCGCCGGCCGUGGCUUCAACAUCGACUCGCUCGUUGUCUGCCAGACCGAGAUCCGCGACCUCUCGCGCAUGUCCAUCGUCCUCAAGGGCCAGGACGCCGUGAUCGAGCAGGCGCGCCGCCAGCUCGAGGACCUCGUCCCCGUGUGGGCCGUGCUCGACUACACCAACACGUCGGUGAUUGAGCGCGAGCUCCUGCUUGCCAAGAUCUCGAUCCUGGGCCCCGAGUUUGCCCAGCAGCAGCUCACCCCCGGCGCCGUGUCGUCCGACCCCAUCGACCAGCUCCAGCAGCGCGAGGAGGCCCUCGCCCGCCAGUUUGAGCACUCGGGCGAGCGCGACAGCCUCCCCGCCGGCGUGCCCCAGCCUGAGCUUUACCCCUCAAGGCCCCGCGGCGCCGCCUCGCCCUCGGAGCUUCUUAUCGCCAAGAACCUCCACCUCGCGGCCAUCAAGACGCUCGCCGACCAGUUUGGCGGCCGCGUCGUCGACGUCGCCGAGUCGAGCUGUACCGUCGAGCUGACCGCCAAGUCGUCGCGCGUCGAGGCCUUCCUCGGCCUCGUCAGCCCAUUCGGCGUCCUCGAGGCUGCCCGCUCAGGAACCAUGCUCCUCCCCCGUACCCCCGUCGCCAGAUGGACCGAGGAGGACGAGGUCACGGCUGUUGCCGAGUCGCUCGACGCGUCGCUCCUCCCCCCCGGAUAAACAAGCAGUUUAAAAACAACAUUGGGUUGUGGUUGUGUACAUAUGCAAUAGUGGAUAUCGG